AUCUGGCUCCUCUCGAUGCGGAGGAGCAGAGACUCUCCUCUGAGAUCCUCCCAGAUGACCGAGUUGAACCCCAAUGUAGAGGCGCCGAGCCGGGGGCCAAUUAGUAUACCCACACCCGCUCUGCGCCGCUCACCGUGGGCAACUCCAGAGUGGAAGAGAGUCCGACCCCUCUCGAGGUGACUGGUACCAGAGCCCAAGCCGACUCUAUCUACAAGAGUCCGAACUACAAGUGCCAUGAUGCACCGCGAGGAGCAGUGAAGCUGCCUUGGCCCGCCUGGUUCAGACACACACACACGCACACGCACACACACACUCGCUCUCUCGCUCGCUCUCUCGCUCGCUCUCUCUCUCUGUCUCACUGGCGAAUAUGUGACCAAAGUUGCUGCUUUCUGGGGAAGCCGUCAAGCGUCAAUAAUAGUUGCCCGUAAGUGGGAAACGCUGUGGGACCCGCGUUUGUCUUUGUCCGCCUUCUUUGAACAUGGGAAAUGGCGUCAAUAAGGUCCUGCCUGACUUGUAUUUGGGAAAUUUCAGAGACGCACGAGACCGAGAGCAGUUAGCCAGGAACAACAUCACCCACAUCCUCUCCAUCCAUGACAACGCGGCGCCCAUCCUUCAGGAGAUGACCUAUCUUUGCAUUUCAGCGGCCGACCUGCCUACGCAAAACCUGACUCAACACUUUAAACAGAGCAUCAUGUUCAUGCACGAGUCGCGACUGAAAGGAGAAGGCUGCUUGGUUCACUGUCGUGUAUGUGGAAAAACUGGAGAGAAGUCGAUCACGCAUGCUCAACCCCCUUUCCGGUACAGUCUGGCAGGCGUGUCCCGCAGCGUCACCCUGGUGGUCGCCUACAUUAUGACAGUGACAGGACUUGGCUGGAAGGAGGCUCUGGCUGCCGUGAGGGUGGUCCGGCCCAGCGCUGGCCCGAACUUGGGCUUCCAGCGCCAACUCCAGGAGUUCCAGACGACUCAUGUCGAUGAAUUCAGGAAGUGGCUCCAGAGGGAAUAUAAGGACAAAACGUUCAACGAUGAAGCAGACAUUCAAGAGCUGCUCGCUAGAUCUUCUAAAGUCAAAGGCAAGCAAGUGGAAAACCCGGAAUGGACCCCACGGGAAGCCCUCUGAGCUCUUUGGCGACCCCGGCCACCAUCUUGCUACUGUGGAACCACUGCACAAGUGUGAAAAGCUGGAUUGCUCACACAAAAACCAAGGACUUGUUUUUAUCAUUGAUUGAUUGAUUGUUGUCCUAACUUAUACAUAGUGUGCGCUGUUUUUUGUUUUGUUUUCCAGUGUCAUGUCAAUCUGACUUCAAAUUUGGAAAUAAUAAAAAGAGUGAAUUCAA